CCGCCGGAAUUCGGUACCCAGCUCGUACGUACGGCCACAGUGGGAGGCCUCCUUGAACUUCAAGGCUGUGACAUGGCACGGCGCCGGCUGCAUAAGCCCGUCGGCUUCCAGGGCGAGUUCCUUCCUCGGCGCGCUCGCCCUCGCACGGCCACAAGGCAAGGCCGGGCGACAAGGACGACUACGAGCGGUUUCUGGACGGCUACUGACUGGCCGGUCGCCGCGUUACCUGGGAGGUACCGUGCCGCACCCAGACGACACUGCAGGAGCGGUCAUGAGUCAUCUGUCACAUGCGCCAGGCGCCAGGUGGCACACUUGCCGUGUGUAUACAAACCCCAAGGUCUCUCUGUUGCAGGUUAAUUGGCCGUUGCGUGGUGGCAUACAAACAUCAAGUGUAAAAGCGUCGGGCGAUUCGAAGUGCAAACGAAGUUUUGAACAUUUCUACUUUUGCAGCCUCUCGAUGAUGUUGACCUUGCGCCGCAGCCUCCUCGCGUCGACCCGCGCCGGCUUCCAUAGCUCCCGUGCCGUGGCCAUGCCUGAGAUCUCGUUCAAGCUCUCCGACAUUGGCGAGGGCAUCGCCGAGGUCGAAGUGCUCCAGUGGUUUGUCAAGCCCGGCGACAAGAUCGCGCAGUUCCAGAACCUCGUCGAAGUGCAGUCGGACAAGGCGACGGUCGAGAUCACGAGCCGCUUCGAUGGCACGAUCACAAAGCUCCAUUACGAGCCGGGUCAGAUGGCCAAGGUCGGGAGCGCGCUCAUCGACCUCGACGUCUCGGACGAAGUUGCGGCAGCCCAGAAUGCCUCGAGCGCGCCCAAGUCCAAGGCGCCGGCCAAGAAGGUCGAGCCAAUCAAGAAGGCCGCGCCGACGCCGACGCCGAUCGUGUCGGCCCCGACGCCGGUAUCUGCCGAACCCGUCGCGCGCCUCCCGAUCACGCGCCCGUCGACCGGCGGCAAGUUUCUCACGACGCCGUCCGUGCGCCGUCUCGCGCGCGAGCACAACAUUGACUUGGAAGACGUGCCGGCUGAGGGCGACCGCAUCUUGAAGGGCGAUGUCCUCAACUACAUCAAGUACUUGGCCGAGAACAAGGCGGCUCCUGCGCCGGUCGCGACGCCGUCGGCUUCGUCGGUGGCCCCCGCGUCGGCAUCGGCGACGCCUGCCUUUGAGUUUUUGACCGAGAGCACGACCGUGCCCGUGACGCCCAUUCAAAAGAUGAUGGUCAAGUCCAUGAACGCGGCCUUGAAGGUGCCCCACUUUGGCUACGCCGACGAGAUUGAGAUGAACGCGCUCGACGAGCUCCGCAACACGCUCAAGCCGAUCGCGUCGGCGCGCGGCGUCAAGGUCACGUACCUCCCGCUCAUGAUCAAGGCGGCGUCGCUCGCGCUCAAGUACUACCCGGUGCUCAACGCGUCCGUCUCGGAGGACGAGUCGAGCAUCACGAUGCACGCGCAGCACAACAUCUCGGUGGCCAUGGACACGCCCAAGGGUCUCCUCGUCCCGAACGUCAAGAACGUCGAGUCCAAGUCGGUGCUAGACAUUGCUGAGGACCUCGCGCGUCUCCAGAAGCUCGGCGCCGACGGCAAGCUCGGGCCCGCGGACCUUACGGGCGGCACCUUUAGCCUCUCCAACAUUGGCUCGAUCGGCGGCACGUACAUGAGCCCCGUCAUCAUGGUGCCGCAGGUCGCGAUCGGCGCGCUCGGCAAAAUCCAGACGCUGCCGCGCUUUGCGGCCGACGGCAGCGUCGUGCCCGUCAAGGUCAUGAACGUCUCGUGGUCGGGCGACCACCGCGUCAUUGACGGCGCGACCAUGGCGCGCUUCUCGACCAAGUGGAAGGCGUAUCUGGAGAACCCGAUCGCGAUGCUCACGGAGCUCAAGUAGAAAACCCAAGUGGUAUAAUUGUAGACAAAAAAUGUUGCGUACGCUCCACCUUGCCGAC